CUCCUCUGUUCACAUCAGAGCAGCAGCAUCCUCUGGACCCGCACCGCUUACUUUCACUCGAGGCUGACUUUUCUCUCGCAUAAAAAUAAAAACACAAUAGAAUACAAUAAAACGCACUCCAGAAAUAUUAAGCUACUAGUGGGUCGACAGAAGAGCGGCUUCAGACCUUCGAAUCGCUUCUUUGUUUUCGUCCUCGCAGGUCUUUUGACCACUCCAGACAUCAGACCGGACUUCUCCCGUUGACUCCGCACUCUCGCAAGGACACAUCUGUCUCCCACUUCAUCUGCUGUCUCCAGGCUCAGCCCAUCCCGUCUGACAGCCUAUAUUAACAGAAAUCUGCUAGCAACUUGCUGUCAAAGCACGCUGCCCUCUCACUUUCAAUACACCAGUGAGAGACUCUUUCCCUGCAGGCAAAAUGGGGAAACAGAACAGCAAGCUGACCCCUGAAGUGAUGGAGGAUCUGGUGAAGAACACAGAGUUUAACGAGCAUGAGCUGAAGCAGUGGUACAAGGGUUUCCUGAAGGACUGUCCCACGGGCCGCCUCAACCUGGAGGAGUUCCAGCAGCUGUAUGUCAAGUUCUUCCCGUACGGCGAUGCGUCUAAGUUUGCCCAGCACGCCUUCAGGACCUUCGACAAGAACAGCGAUGGCACCAUUGACUUCAGAGAGUUCAUCUGCGCGCUCUCCAUCACAUCCCGAGGCAGCUUCGAGCAGAAGCUCAACUGGGCCUUCAACAUGUACGACCUGGACGGAGACGGCAAGAUCACACGGGUGGAGAUGCUGGAGAUCAUCGAGGCGAUCUACAAGAUGGUGGGCACGGUGAUCAUGAUGAAAAUGAACGAGGACGGCCUGACGCCCGAGCAGAGGGUGGACAAGAUCUUCUCCAAGAUGGAUAAGAACAACGACGACCAGAUCUCGCUGGACGAGUUCAAAGAGGCGGCCAAGAGCGACCCGUCCAUCGUACUACUGCUGCAGUGUGAUCUCCAGAAAUAGGCUCCGCCAGCCGCCACGGACUGCUCAGAAAGAAUUUCAUGUUCCAUUCAGUUUGCAGCUAUUUCCACUGAAAAAAUACAUAUAUAUAUAUGCUUGGGACUACCUUUCAAUGGAUCUGCUUCUUGUGUUUGAAACACUCGUGUGCAUGAGAAUGUGAUUUGCUAUAAAAAAAAAAAGAUCUAUACACAUACAUACAUACACACAUGCAUACACAGUGCAAUACAGACACACUCACAAUACACACACUACAUAUAACACCUCGCACAAAUAAUAUAUUAUAGAUAUAUAAAUAUGAAUAUAUAUUUAAAUUAUUUAAAGAUCAACUGCCAAAAUGUGAAGUGUGCAAAGUAUUUUCCAUACAGUUUCAUUCCACUGGAGCUUGCGCAUCGGGGAUGUGCUACGUUGAAUUUGUCGCUACUCUAUUUAUUGUUACGAGUUUACUGACGCUAGCUGUACGUGUUUCUGAGUAAUGUCGACGGAACCAAACUCCCACGAUAAUGUACCUGCCUCCAAUAAGACACUCCAUCGAAUAUUAGCUCUAGAAGAGAUGGAUUAGCGUUUGUCCAACUUUUCCUCCUGAAACAUGCUUGUACUAUCAGUAAAAUAAAAUAAA